GCUAGUACAUGAAGGCUCUCAACGUCACUUCAAGUAAAAUUAUUGAUAUUGUACAGGGGGCGUAGCUCAGAUGGUAGAGCGCUCGCUUAGCAUGCGAGAGGUACCGGGAUCGAUGCCCGGCGCCUCCAAUGUUUUUUUUUAAUUCAAAGCGAUCCCGGUACGCGGUAUAAUUCAAUAUACGCCGCAGAUCACAAAAUAUCGCCCCUGGGGGUAUGUUCUGUGCCGUAGAUGUCAAUUCUUCGAUGUUAAUGGGUGAGAUAUAGCGGGCGUUUCGGUUGGAGCUGCUACUUGAGAAGUGGUGGAUGUCGAUCGCCACCUAGGAAGUAAAAUAAUUUUACUUACUCUAUGACCUGAACUAUAUAUAAAAGUUAGUUUUAUAUUCAAAGAUCGCCACAGUAGUCUGUGCAUAACCUCACAAAAUAUCCCCCCAUUCUGUGCAUAACCUCAACCGUGGCGGUUCAAAACAAAGUGUGUUAUCAAGCAUUUUAUGUGUACUCCGACGCCCUCCUGCAGCUGAAACAAUGCCUCAAUUUUUGAGGAGUGCACUUACCAAAGGCAGUCAGUUAGAGGCAAGGUUUUGUAGGAGAAAUUUCCAUAUUCGCAGCCAAUUAAGUUGCAAGGACGAUUCGAAGAAGGGAAAUGAGACUGAAAGCCCGCUAAAGCGGCUCUUGGACGACUCUGCCUCCUUUGAGGACACCAAACCCUCAAACCCCCAACAGAGAUGGACCACUAUGCCGUAUCCGCAAGCUUCAGGUACGAACACCCGAAGGCAAGGGGACAGCUUUCACAAGGCAAAAAAAGACCCAAAAGACUGCAGCAUUAUCCUGUUCCCAGGCCAGGGCAGCCAAUACGUGGGAAUGGCCAAAGAUCUGCAAAAGUUCCCGAUGGCCAGAGACCUGUUUGAGCUGGCCAGCUACAUAUUGAAGUACGACUUGCUGAAACUGUGCCUCGAGGGCCCCAAAAAGGAGCUGGACCAAACCAGGUAUUCCCAACCGGCCAUCCUGGUGACGUCUUUGGCCGCCAUCGAGAGGCUGAAAGAAGAAAGGCCCAACGCCAUCAAGAACUGUGUAGCAACUGCAGGCUUCAGCCUCGGUGAAAUCACCGCCUUGAUUUUUGCUGGGGCUUUAGGAUUUGAAAAAGGAUUGCAGCUGGUUCAGAUCCGAGCUGAAGCGAUGCAACUGGCCAGUGAAACUCACCAAGGAGGCAUGUUGACGGUGUUCUACGGCCCGGAUAGCAAGCUGAGCUUUGCCUGCAAGCAGGCAAAACAGUGGGCAGUGGACAAAGGGGACAACGUGCCCGAGUGCAAAAUAUCCACCUACUUGUCGCCCAAUUGUAAAGUCGUUGCUGGAAGCCUCAUGUUGCACUUGUUGCCUCCACAGGCCAUCGAGUACCUUGAAGCAAACUACCAAGAAUACAGGCUAAGGAAAGUGCAUAGACUACCGGUCAGUGGGGGCUUCCACUCGGAGCUGAUGGCAUCCGCCGUGGAGCCUUUCAGGCGCGCCCUCAACAAAGCGGAGCUACAAGAGCCGAUAGUUAGUGUCUAUUCCAAUCUCGAUGGCAAACGCUACCGCAAUGUGGAGCACAUCAAAAAGCAACUGCCUAAACAAAUUACCCGGCCAGUCAAAUGGGAGCAACUGUUGCAUGUGGUCUACGAAAGGAACCCCGAUGAGGAUUUUCCCAAUACUUUCGAAUGCGGCCCAGGCCAAUCUUUAAAGGCCAUCCUCAAGCAGGUGAACCUCAAGGCCUGGACUAAAUGUUAUAGCAUAGAAGCCUAAAGUGUAGAUGAGUGAAAGUUUUCUUUAUUAAAUGUGUGAUUUCUC